CGCCCACGACCUUUUUUUGUUGUGUCUCUCUAAAAUCUAGGAGAGAGGUGCACAACAAAACAUUUAAUACGAUCUCUCUCUUAAUUCUGCGACGAACGCGGAAAGCGAAAUUGGAGAAGAAAAGCCCCCCCUAACCCCACCUCACCACACCACCCAAACGUCCAAAGAAAAAAAAAACUCAAUCUUUUUGAGUCCUUUGCACGGUCUCUCGGAGAAGGAAAGAAAAAAACACCGACCCAGAAGAAAAGGAUUCACCUUUUUUUCUUUCUGAAUUCGCCAUUGAUAAAGUCUUUGUCUUUGGGAAAAAAAAAGUCUUUUACUUUUAUUGAAUCAGGUCUCAUAACAGCUUUGUUCUUUUGAUAACCAAGAGAUCCCCCCAAGUCUGCUCAACUAAAUUUGAGAUCUUUCUAUAGGUGGGUGUUAUUUGAUGGACGAAGAUGCUGUUGUGUUAACAUUUGGAACGCCUGAAGUGAUGAAUAAGGAAGAAGACGGUUGUAGCCCCAGAGGAGACUCUACAGGGAAGGCAAUUGCUUCAAAGCCUAAAGAGAAAAAGAUCCCUCAUUACCUCAGAGCAUCGACGGGCUCGUGUCAUGAUCUUUGCAAGUACGGGAAGAGACAGGUACCUGUGGAGAAACCAUGGCGUUCGACUACUAAAAAGAUCUUCAAGAAAGAUCUUGAUUAUGAUUUGAAUGAAACUUUGAAGCCGGGUCCUUCUAAAAUGAAGAAGAAGGUGAUGGAAGUCGAUAGAAACAAGGCUACUGAUGAUUCUUCUGAGGUAAUUAAAAGAGAGGUUGUGAAGUAUCAAGUGAGUGGUGGGAUGAAGAAGCCAGAGGUAUUGAUAAUACCAUCUGGUGUUGAUGAAACUCCUAUGAAGCAGAUGAAGAAGAAAACAACAUUAAGUUCGAAACUUAAACCUUCACCAGAUUCAGGAUCUCGUUCAUCUGGAAAUGUUGAUGCCCUGAAGCCGAAGAUCUUGAAGAAAUCUUAUUCAGCACUAGCAACGUCGAAAUCUAAAGUAAACCAUGAAAAAGUUGUUGCUUUACCAGUUCUGAAACCCAAAAUGGGGGCUAAAAGUGGAGGGAAAGACGAAGAUACAAAGAUAAACAAGGAUACAGUCUCCUCUAGAGUUGUUUCAAAGAAGGCUCCGGUGACUCCAAGACCAAGAGCUUCGCUUUCUCCAAGAAUAUCAGUAAGACUAGCCGGGAAUUCAAGUUUGAGAAAGAGUCAGAGCUUAAAGGCUUCAUCUUCCUCUUCUUCUCGACAAAAUCAGAAACCAAGACCUGUGAUCAAUUGCACUGAUGAAUCUGAUAAGCAGUUAGAUGAUUAUCCAGUCGAGGAGAAAACAUUGCACGUUGUUGAAAUGGAAACAACUGAAAAUGUCGUCUCUGAAACUGAUCAGAAUCAGCAAGGCUUUGUUGAACCGUUUCUUCCUCCUCUUCCACCGACUCAAUCAACUCCAAAUGAUGAUGAGUGUACUGUUUCAGAAACAGAGGAAUAUGAAUACACUUCAGGAAGCAACGAGGCUGAGACUGUAGACGAAGAGAUUGAAAUGUCCAAUGGAGAGAAGAAACCAAGAUCGGCUAGAAAGGAGGGUGAUUCUGCAGAUGAAGCUGCUAGGAAGUUACGUUUCCGUAGAGGAAAAGUUGUGGAUGCUGAUGCUGUGGGUGAGAGUGCAAGGAAACUCAAGUUUAGAAAAGGAAGAGGUCUCGGGGAAGACAAAGCGCAAGAUGCACAAGUAAGGAGAAGCUUUAAGAAGAGGGAAGAUAUCAAAGAAGAAGAAGUCGAUGAGAAUGGUGAAAAGGUUGUGUUGAGGCAUCAAGAUGUUCAGGAGAAAGAUGCACAGGGACUGUUCAACAAUGUCAUUGAAGAAACAGCUAGUAAGCUCGUUGAAGCUCGAAAAAGCAAAGUUAAAGCUUUGGUUGGUGCUUUCGAAACCGUCAUUUCUCUUCAAGAAUCUUGAAACCUCCUGCUAACUCUGGUAUGUGCAUUGAGCAUGAGCAAAGCUGAACCAUUGAAUCUUUAUUUCUAGUAGUAGUUGAUUGGUUUUGGUUUUGUGUUGGUCUGCAGAAACUAAUAUAGUUUUGAGCUGGUUUGAAUCGUUUCGGUCUGCUGAACUUUAAGAAGAUUGAUGCUUCCAUAGUUCAUACAAAGUUAAAGGAUAUGUCUCAGCCAAACGUUGAUAUUAGUGCUUUGUGAAUAAUACUUGAUGGGAUUGGGGUUUGUGUUUGGUUUUGGUUAUUGUAGACCGGUUUAUUGGUUUUUUUUUUAUAAUUUAUUUUGGAUGUUUCCGGUUUGUAAUUCAGUUUGUAUAGUAAAUUCGAGUGUGUUUUUUCAUACAUUUGUUGUUGCUUUA